AUGGAGAUGCAGCCGACUUCAUGGGACGCCCUGCGGAAGCAGGUAGUCUUCCGGAAGCCUUCUGAAUGUUUGAUUCGUUCUCGAAAUUCUUCUUCUUUUGGAAUUCUACUUCCUCUUAGAUAUCGAGCUCCGAGGAAGAGAAUCCUUCUCCGGCGGCCAGUUUCUGUCAAUGGGAAGGUGGUGGUAGGGAGCAAUGCGAUAUCUCUCAGGGGGAUGUUUGCGCCUUGGGUUAGCAUCACGGAGUUUUGACUUCCUUCUGACCUUCCCUGAUUGCUUGGCCUGAAUCUUGAUCUGGGGGUCGAGGAACUUGGGAUCGUGUUCUGGGUUGAGGAUUCCGGAAAUUAUUCCCUUCACUUGAGUCGAAAUAAAUCCCAGAUCCAAUUAUGACGCGAAACUCGCAUUCGAGCUAGAAGAAUAGAAAUGUGAACCAAUAUUUGUGAACUUGGUGGAAUAUUGUCUAUAUGUUUUCUAUGAAGCGAAUUGCUUCGUGUUUCUUGUUCGUAAUUCCUGAGAGUGAGGUUAUAUAUACUUGAAAUGCGAUGUUGGCAUCAAUUUAGUUUUACAUAGCACGCCUUUUUAUCGUCAUUAACUUAGAUCUUUUAACAGCAUUUAUUCUGUAUCAUUUCCUCAUGAAACAUCAUUUCGUCAUUAUUCAGUAAUAUAAGUAUUUUCUUCUUUCGUCUUGAUCCUGAUCCCUAAUAAUCUUUACCUGUAGAAACAUAAUUGGCCUACCCAAAUAUUAUAGAUAUGGCUUUUAUAGAUUGAUUCCGAUGGAAAAGUUUGUAAAAUUUGAAAUUCAAGCCUUUGCACUGUCCGGCGAGCUGCCUUGCCAGGGGCAGAUGGAGAGAGAAUGAGUGCGAGGAGGAGAAUCUCUACCGCUGCUGUUGGCACAGCCUAGCUCACUAUCUUUCUUGCCCGAAAUGAGCUGAAGUACCAAUACGAUGCUUGAGGAUUGCCCCCAAGCGUCCAAAGCUGCACCAAUUAAAGGGGUGAUGGCAUUUUAUGCCAUCUAUUUUAACUGCUCACAUAUGACCCGUUGGGUAUUGUUGAACAAAGUCUAUAAUACUACCACUGAUGCCAUUGUCUGUGGAGUAUUAGUCAGAUUAACUAAAGUCACUAAAUUUACUUGUACUUUGGUAAAGAUAAAUGUUUUAGCUACAAUAGUUGCUUCGAUUCACUAUUCAUAUCCGGCUCACUAUUAUCUAGGACUAGAGUAAGAUUGAGAUGGGAAAACGAUAGGGAUAAAGGCCAUUUUUUAAGCCUAUUUUAACCCUUUUUUUAUUGAUUCAUUUUACAUAAAUGUAAAUGCAUCCUUAAAUAGAAUAUACCUGAUUUUUUUUCCCGUCUAGAGGCUGAUCUAGGUUACGUGAUUCGAUUCUUAUGACCCUGGCCUCUUUGGAAUUUAAAGUAUAACAAACAUGAUGAGCUGCCUGCUCUCAAAGUUUCUAAUUUAGUCCCGUCCGUUAGCCUUUUUAUCUUUACCCCUGCUCUUCAUGCUUCCUCAGUUAGUUCGGUGACUUGGCCGUGCUCAUUCAUUUUUACUGCCGGCUUACUGACAUGCAUUCAUUGAACGAUUGACUGCCAUACCUAUCUUAACUUCGUGGGAUUUUAGGGAACUCCUGUCCAGACUCCGAUCAGUGUGCAACGGAUAGCUGAUUGACUAUUCGGUUCCAAGAUCAUAGUUCAAGUUUUCCCAGCACAUUGUCUCUCUAUUAUCGAUGAAUAUUUGGUAUUCUAUGUUGAAAGAUGUACGUAUUGUAACAAGCAGUGACCCUUGUCUCACAGGCUCUCAUCCUCAGUUUCAGUGGUACACAGAUUAUCAUACUUAUGAUUGAAGAUACAAACUCAGUGGUCUGCUUAUGAUUGAAAAUUAUUAUACUCUGAAGUGGUUCCGUGGUUCCCUUGAUUCACAUAACUCAUUAGCUUUCUGUCAUGAUGUCCGUCGUGAUUCUCCUUAAGAGAAUAAUGUUGCUUGAAGAAUGAGCUAAAUGUUUUAUUUAUCUGUUUUCUAUUUUUUGAAUCUGUAUUUUUCCCCUGUGCACAGGCCCGGAAACUUCAAGAUCAGCUGGAUGAUCAGAUGAAUUCUUACCGGAGAUUGGUUUCCACCAGAGGUGAUGGUUCUGGGGAUGAUCUUGAGUCUGGGAUAGAUAGAUUACUCAAACAUCUUCAGCAAGUAAACUCGCAAAUGCAAUCUCUAAUGUCAUCCGGAGGCUCAGAAUUUUUGUCUCAUACAUUGACCCGUCACCAAGAAAUUCUCCAAGACUUCACUCAGGUGAUUUUUUUGACGACUUAGCAUGACUCAGAGUAUUGAUCUCUCAACCCACCUUAGGAGACAGCUACGAUCAUUAACAGUACCUUUACCUCAUUACGAUUAACUGUAGUCUGGGGGAGGGGGGAUCCAGAUCGUCUGUGUCUCUUUGAACACUUGAUCAUGCUUAGCAAACAUGGGAGUCUGAAAGUUUGAUUGAAGAGUUGCGAAGUUUUGAAGAUCUAUGUCCUCCUAUAAUGGACGAUGGCAAGGCCUAAGAUCUUUAGUUUGCUUCAGGCCCCUUGAUAUUGAAUGCCAUUGUCGGCAAUAACAUGCACCUUUCAAUGAGAAAGUAGCCCACUUAUUUCACGAGAAAGUGCGUUAAUAUAGUUAAAAUAUGGCUCGAAGUGCAGGAAUUUUAUCGGCUCCGCUCGAGUUUGAGGGCCAAACAAGAACAUGCAUCACUUCUUGAAGAUUUUAGAGAUUUUGAUCGGACGAGGUUUGAUCUCGAAGAAAACGGUGAUUCGACUGAGCAAGGUCUCCUCAAAGAGCAGGCAGCUAUCAACCGCAACUCAGGACAUGUAUGUAUACAUACACUCUCUUUCUGAUUAUAUAUCCCAGAACAUAAUGCGAUGGAUUUGAUUACUCUCACUUGAAUCUGCUUUUCAUCCAUACACAUUCAGCCAGAUGCAGAAAACGUAUUAAAUUGCAGAAUCAAUAGAACUAUGCAGCCAAAAUUUCCUGAUUAAAUCCUGAUUUCUCACAUUUACCUUAGUUGGUGCCAUUUAAAUCAACUAAAGUCCAUAACAGCAUGGUAUUUAAUAUUUUAUGCUCGUGAUGAUGAGAUGUGACAGUGAUGAGACACUGCUUCAUUACUUAUUAUAGGUAAGUCAUUCUCUCUAACCCAACCCAACUGCUGACAUGGGGACGCGCAGUUCAAAGGAUCUGUGACAGGAAAGAGACGUCAAUUUGAAAAAAAAAAAGAAGAUCCUUUUUUAAUGGGUUCCAAAGGGAUAAUGGGCCUAAAAUUAGCAAUUGGGCCUACCUCUGGUCUAGUAAUUACUUGGAAGAUAAAUCUCCCAUAUAGAGAGAGGUUCUUGGUGGCCGGGUGGUCUUCCCUUUCCCUCCAUAGAUUCCUAUUCCGGGUUACCCGAUUGCGCACGAUCUCUGUUGGCUCCGUUCGUUUUGAAUCCUUUUAUAGGAAUAUUAUCGAAGCUUUUUUUUAUAUAAAAAAAAAUCUAAUAGCGUGUUGACUCUGUAGGUUGACCAUGUGAUCUCCCAAGCUCAGGCCACGCUGGGGUCGCUCGUCCUUCAGCGUUCGACCUUCGGUGGCAUUGGCUCGAAGCUCAGCAACGUCAGCAGCCGCCUACCCACGGUAUGCCCAUCACUUCCUUCUCGGCACUAAACAUCUUGGGAAAAGUUUUCUUACUUGAUCGGGCCCACCAGAAUCGAGUGGGCCCGUUGACAGAACAAACCCCAUGAUCUUAUUUAGAUUUUUCCCCGACUCGUGGGAGUUGACUUUUGCCCUCUGGCUCGUUGGCAACAGACGUCCUACGUGGGAUUAUUAUAAAAUAAAAUAAAAAACCCUUUUUCUCCCAGUGGUUUUGACAUUAUCAGCUGCAUCUGGUGCAGGUCAACCACAUAUUAUCGUCCAUCAAAAGGAGGAAGUCAAUGGACACCAUCAUCCUCUCGCUCGUUGCUUCUGUCUGCACAUUUCUCAUACUGAUCUACUGGUUGUCAAAGUAA